UCGCCACUCUCGCGGCUCGGUCGUUACUCCAAUCGGCGGAAAAAUGUCGCAAGUCCGUGCCGCUCUAAUAAAACUGCAGGCCCUGUUUGGACUGAUCGGCCUCGUGGCUCUUACUCCACUGCUCGUCUCGGCCGCGAUUCUCAGCCGGCUGAUCGCCAAACUCUGCUGCUGCUCACCGCCGAAGAGCAUCGAGGGAGAAGUGGCCGUGGUUACUGGAGCUGGUCAUGGUCUAGGUCGAGCCAUUUCGCUGGAGCUGGCCAAGAAGGGCUGCCACAUUGCCGUUGUAGAUAUCAAUUUGUCCGGGGCCGAGAACACCGUCAAGCAAAUCCAGGAAACCUAUAAUGUUCGCGCCAAAGCCUACAAGGCAAAUGUUACUAGUCAUAAAGAAAUUGUUGAGCUCAAUUCAAAAGUGGUCGGUGAUCUGGGACCGGUUACUGUUCUAAUAAACAAUGCCGGCGUAAUGUUGCAUCGCAAUUCAUUGGACCCCGAACCGGCUGAUGUGCAGCUAAUGAUCGACGUUAAUCUUACGUCGCACUUCUGGACUAAAUUUGUGUUCCUGCCGCCAAUGAAGGCGUUUCGCCGGGGUUUUAUAGUCACCAUAAGUUCGCUAGCAGGUAUUUUCCCCCUACCCUACAGUGCGGCUUACACAGCCAGCAAGGCUGGAACCUUGGCUCACAUGAGGGCCCUGCAAAUGGAGCUGCAGCUGGAGAAGCAGAAGGACAUCCAUGUGACCACCGUGCUGCCCACCUUUCUGCGCACCAACGAUGAGAUUACGGAGCUAACGAAUACCAUCGGAAUCAAUAACCUAUAUCCCCUGAUCACUGGCGAGGAGGUGGCCCAACGAGUUGUGUACGGAAUGCUGCGGGGUGAGCACGAGAUCACGUUGCCGGGACUUGCAUCCGUUCUCUACCGGCUGCUGUACCUUCUGCCCUCGGACUGGCAGCUUCGAAUGAUUCUGCUGCUCAGCGACAAUCAGUUCAAGCGGUUCUGCGAGGUGCGAUUGCGAUCCUGAGAUCGAUUCGGUUAAAGGUGAAUAAAACCAUAUACACGUGUGUGUAUAUUCCGGGCUGGGAUAAAAACAAA